CGCUUUCCCCUCGUUUUAUUGAUUAUCUGCUGCCUGACAACCGGGAAUUUCUGCACGUCAAAUUUAUGAGCAUUCACGACAAUCACUAUGAGACACCAUGAUUUGGCUGUAUGGCGCAAUCUUUUUGGCGGUUGGAAGUAAUCUGCGGUUGGUGAGCGCGAAAAGGGGUCCGCAUCAUCCAAGAGGCGAACGUGGGGCGUACAAAGAGAAAUUGGAUGUGCACCUAACGCACGACGACGAGCACAUAAAAGAAGACCUAAAGGCGAUUAACCUACAACACAAGCAGGUGGAACAUAUGUCACUGGAGGAGAAACAAUUUUAUCAGUUCAAAUUGCAUGACGAUGACAAUAACGACAUGCUGGAUGGAUUGGAAAUCCUCCACAGUGCCAAUCAGCAUGAAAACACUUUCCAUAGGAUCGACAGAGACAAGUAUUACGAUGCCACUGAAUAUGAGUUACAGCAUAUUGUCGAUAUAAUUGACACCUUCAUGAAAGACGCCGAUCUGGAUGAUGAUGGCUUUAUCAACUACCAAGAGUACUCAACGGCCCUCAACAGAGUGGAAGUCGACGCUAAUCCUGAACCACCUUUAUUGGAUGAUCACUAAUGCUUCUCAUCUUCAUCAGCGUGUCACAGAGUCUACAAGACUAUAAAUUUUACACUAAUUAUCUCCAUCUCUGAAGUAUUUCACUUGGCCGAUGUGUUGAUGCUCUGCCACGAUGAGC